CUUAGUACAGAUGCUGGGUGUAAUUAGUAUCUUUGAGAUAUUAAUAUUUUUUAUAUAAAAUAAUCAUAAUAGAUAGACAAAUAAUAAAAAUAGAUACACAUACAUUUAUUGAUCAAAUUCGGAAGAUAUUGAUUUCUAGCUAUUGGUUAAAUUUAGAAUACAUUGAUUCUUUUUAAUUACUAAAUUAUUACAAUGCCUAUCUAUUCCAAAUGGAGGGAGUAUAUGUUAAGAGGGUGGCGGCCACAAGAGCAACACACCCUGAAAAGAAAAGAUAAUGGCCAUGCUCCAGCUCCUCAUCCAACAAUGGACGCUCUUCCUCUGCCUCAUGGUGUCUGUCCCAUUGUUGCUUCUGCUAGCGAGGAGGUCAUUCGCUGGGAAAGGGCUAAAGCUGCCGCCUGGCCCAGCGCGGCUGCCAGUGAUUGGUAACCUGCACCAGCUAGCAGGCCCUCUGCAGCAUAGGACCCUAGCGGAGCUGGCGCGGCGGUAUGGCCCCGUGAUGCUGCUGCGGCUGGGCGCAACACCGACGUUGGUGGUGUCCUCGGCGUCGGCGGCGCGUGAGGUUCUGAAGACGCACGACUUGGACUGCUGCACCCGGCCGGCAAUGCCGGGGCCGAAACGGCUGUCGUAUGGGUUCAAGGACGUGACGUUUGCGCCUUACGGCGAGCAGUGGCGCGAGCGGCGCAAGCUCUUCAUCACGGAGCUCCUCAGCAUGCGCCGCGUCAAGGCCGCAUGGGGCGCGCGCCAGGUGCAGAUAGAUAAGCUAAUGGCCAGCUUGAUCCCCAAUAAGCCGGUGGCCCUAGGUGAGCACAUCUACGGCCUCGUCAACGGCAUCAUCGGCACCGUGGCGUUCGGCAGCAUCUACGGCGUAGAGAUGGUGGCGCACAAGACACAGUUCCAUCGCGUGCUCGACGAGGCCUUGGACUUGCAAGCCACUUUCUCGGCCGAGGACUUCUUCCCAAACGCGGCCGGCCGCCUGGUCGACCGCCUUACCGGCCUCGUCGCCAGCCGCGAUCGGCUCUUUGCAAACAUCGACGCUUUCUUUGAGAUGGUCAUCGAGCACCAUCUGAACCCCAAAAGGGAGGGCAGCGAUCUCGUCGACGUAUUGAUCAGCUUCUCCAAGGAGCAGCCUGACUUCACCAGGGACCAUGUCAAGGCUAUCAUCAUGGACACGUUUGUGGGAGGUGUCAACACGAGCUCGGUGACCAUCAUGUGGGCGAUGUCCGAGCUGAUUCGGAACCCCGUGGUGCUGAAGAAAGUGCAGGAGGAGAUCAGAAUGGUGGCAGGAGGCAACGACAGGGUGCAGCCAGAGGACAUGCCCAAGCUAAGCUACCUCAAGAUGGUGGUGAAGGAGACCUUGCGGUUGUACCCGUCGGUGCCGCUGCUGCUGCCGCGGGAAACGAUGAGGCACAUCAAGAUCGGAGGCUACGACGUGCCUGCCAAAACGAGGGUGUUGGUGAACGCGUGGGCCAUCGGGAGGGACCCGGCGAGCUGGGGCGAGGACGCCGGAGAGUUCAACCCGGACAGGUUCGUGGACAAGGAGGUGAAUCUACAGGGCACGCACUUCCAGCUGCUUCCGUUCGGGGCCGGGCAGCGGAUGUGCCCGGGCAUUGCGAUGGCGCUGACCAACGUGGAGUUCACGCUGGCCAACCUGCUGUGUGGAUUCCAAUGGGAGCUGCCGGAGGGGACUAAGGCUGAGGAUGUGAGCAUGGAGGAGGUUGGCCUCCUCACAUUCCACCGGAAGACGCCGCUCGUGCUCGUGCCCACCGUCUACCACCCUGAGCGCCGACAGUAGUGACGUCCCGAUUAAUAAUCCGCUCUGUGAUGGUUGCCGGUGUGGGCAGUUGCGGGCGAACGAAUAAAUCAACAAAUGUUGUGUACGUAGACAUGCGAGCUUUGCCUCGCGUCCUCCAUUCCAUAGACAUGCGAGCUUUACCAGAGUACCAUUCAUAUUGUCGUAUAACUUUUAUGGCGCUGUCGGGCAUGUCUAUGCAUGCAUUUGGUGGCGGCAAAUGUUUUACUACCUUUGUAUCAACUAGUACAAAUGCCCGUGCGUUGCCACGGGACGCAAAUUUUAUUUCUAAAUACACAUA